GUUCGCUUGUUGCCUGCUGAUUUGACCGAUCGUUGUCGGUGCGAACGUGAAUCAGUAUAUUUUGUUCGCACCAAGCAAUCGCAUCCAAUUUCGCAGUCUUCUCUCACACGUCGGAUACACAACAACGUCGCACACUUGCGCUGUCAAACAAAUGCAAAUGUGUGUGCGAGUUUGUUUGUAGGCAACAAAAAAAAAAGAAUCUACAGAAACUAUUAAAAUAAAAUAUUUGCAAUUUGUUUUUUUUUGUUAAGACCCCAAUCACUUAUCAGCAGGCAAUUUUUUUUUUACUGUAAUCUAUUCAAAAUCGUCCUCGAUCUUAUUUCCAUUGCGAUUUAAAACGUCAUAUAUACUGAUAAAAUAUUCGCCGAACUACAUUUUAUUGUGAAAUUCCAACAGAAUCUCACAUUUCUCGGGAAUACCGAGACGUAAUGAGUCAUAGGCACAUUUUAAACGCGUAUUAGAAGAAGUCAAAUUGUUUUAUUUUUCAUCGUUUCUACUUGCAUCAGCUGUUCAAGUGUUAUUAUCAUGGCGGGUCAACAGGAGGAACGAAACAACAACGACAAAGAUGAAAAGAUGCGACAGAUAUUUCUGGAUCGCAUGAAGCAAAUUUAUCUCGACCGAAAAAUGACGAAAGCCGAAUACAUGGAAUUUUAUACACUGAUCGUUGACUACUGUGUGAAGGGAAAGGAGUUGAAUGUGUGGAUUCACGCGAAAGAUAAUCAGGCAACAUGCGGAUACAAACGUAUUAAUACCAAAGUGAAAGAGUUCUUAGAUGAGCACAUCAAGGAAAUUUCAGCGAGAACACCCGAUUCUGACCAAGACGAAAUAUGCUUGGAAUAUUAUUGUGCCGAGUGGACCGAUUUCCAACGGUCAAGCAAAGUUCUGAAUGGUGCAUCGGCUUAUUUAAAUAAGCAACAUCAUAAGAAAGAUGCUGAUGCUGAAACGAUCGAACAGAUUGCAUUGCACACAUGGCGUGAUCAUCUGUUUACACAUCUGAAUCAAAAGGUUGCCAACGCAGCUCUACGGAUGUUGGAACGAAGCCGAGCUGGUGAGCGAAUCAAUUCGGCCGCAAUUCGAGCUGUCGUUGAAUCAUACAUUGAGCUCGGUAUUUUGGAAAGUUCAUCUGAUUCAGAGAGUACAACUGCACAUUUGACGGUAUACCGAGAGUUCGAGAAGCGUGUUCUUGAAGGUACCGAAAUUUUCUACAUCAAGGAAAGUGGUGCUUCCAUUGAAAAGUUUUACACUGAACAACAUUCAUUCGUCAAGUACAUGGACCAUGUGAAGAAGCGUAUUGACGAGGAAAUGAAGGACCGUAUUAAGCUACUCCAUGUCACAACCGAAGAGCCGUUGAUGGCAGUUCUUAGCGAUACAUUGAUUAAAAAGCACUUGGAGCUAUUUGACAUCGAAUUUCGGGUAAUGUUAUCAAAUGAAAAGAACGAGGACAUGGGUUUGAUGUGUUCAUUGGCCGUUAAGGCAGAUGUUGUAUUGAAACGAUUAAAUGCUAUCUUAGAAGAGCAUGUUACCAAAGAGGGUCUGGACAAACUGGAGAAAGGUGCCGAUGAAGCUGUUAAAGAUCCAAAAGUGUACAUUGAAACGAUAUUAUCGGUACACAAAAAGUAUCAGUCACUCGUACGCGAUCAGUUUAAAAAUGAGAUUGGCUUCGUGGCUGCACUUGACAAGGCCUGUAGCAAAUUCAUUAAUCAAAAUUCUGUGAUCACAAAAAGUGGAAACCCCAAUAAAAGUCCAGAAUUAUUGGCGGCUUACUGCCAUAUUUUGCUAAAGAAAUCGAAUAAAAAUUUGGAAGAAGCCGAACUGGAAGAUUCGCUCAAUCAAAUGUUGACUGUGUUCCGAUACAUCGAGGAUAAAGAUGUGUUCGAGGUGUUUUACAAGAAAAAAUUGGCCGAACGUUUGAUCGAGCAGUUAUCCGCCUCUGAUGAUGCCGAAGCAUCGAUGAUCUCCAAAAUGAAGCAUACAUGCGGUUACAACUACACAAACAAGCUACAGCGUAUGUACCAGGACAUUGCUGUGUCAAAGGACAUAAACGACAAAUUCCGUCAACGAAUCGCAUCGGGCGAACCACUCGACAUUGAUUUCCGCAUACAAGUUUUGACUCAUGGCUCGUGGCCAUUCACACAAAGCAUUACAUUAAUGCCACCGCCGGAGAUGGCAAAAGCAAUGGAACGAUUCACUGCUUACUACAAAAGCCAGCAAAAUGGACGUCAACUGAAUUGGCUGUACAAUCGAUCAAAGGGUGAAUUGCUUAUGAAAACCGAAAAACAGCGUUAUUUCAUCAAGGCCAACACAUUCCAAAUGGCCAUCUUGCUUCAAUUCAACGAACAAAUAACAUUCACCGCACAACAAAUCCACGACAACACGGGCAUCAACAAGCAUUAUCUGUACCAGAUGCUAGCGCUUUUGGUGGUGAAAAUGAAACUGUUGAAAAGCGCAGACAUGGCCAACAUAACGGACAGCUCGGUCAUUUCACUGAAUACAAAUUAUACUGGGCCAAAAUUGCGUUUCGACAUAUCGGGUGUGCGAAUGAAAUCCGAACAGGAGAGUGAUAGUAAAGCCACACACAAUGGCAUCGAAGAGGAUCGUCGUCAUUUGAUCGAGGCAGCCAUCGUUCGGGUCAUGAAAAUGCGGAAGACACUUAAGCAUCAAAUUCUCAUUGGAGAGGUAAUCGAGCAAUUGGCCGCCAAAUUCAAGCCGAAGAUUCCAGCAGUUAAGCGUUGCAUUGAUGCGUUGAUCGAGAAAGAGUACCUGGAACGUCAUUUAACGGAAAAAGAUACUUACAAUUAUUUGGCAUAAUUUUCGAAUCCAGUUGCCUUCAUCACUGUAGGGAAAACAUACUAACUCAUUGAAAUCAUACGAACAUUUACCUCGACAAACACAGCCAUCCAACGAAAUUGUGUCUUUUUUGCGAAGCCAAUUUUAUUUUUGUAUCAAAUUAUGACAAAGUUAAAAGAAGAUAUAACGUUUCCAAAACCGAAAACAAAAACUUACGCUUCGCUCUUAGACUUGGCGGUUUGAAAUGAUUUCGCAAAUACAUAAUACUACUUGUUAAUUGAUUCUUUAAAAAAAAAAAAUCGUUUAUAAAAAAAAAUUUUUAAUAAAAAAGAUGAUGAUGCAAAAAA